GAGCAUUUUAUCUGAUUGCAUUUUUUUUCCUCUCUUAGCAUAUCACUAUAUGCUAGUUUAUAUAGUUAGUUUACAACUAACCCGAGGCACUUUACUGGAUGUGCAAGGUCCUCCAAACAGAGUAUUCCAAGUCCUCUCUCCCUGUCCCUUAUAACAUUGCUGUCGUUCAUUUCAUUAUCUAUAAGCUGGGAUUACGGAAUACGUGGUUGCUGUUAUGACUUUGAACAAAGGGUUAUCUGUCAGAUUAAAUAACAACAAUAAAAACAAAUGAAUUUAUUUUACUUUCAUUUAUUUCUUCUCUAACACCCUGCCUUUCUUUAUUAUUUACCUUCUUCCUGACGAAUUUCUUUUAACAUUUCUUACAAAGCAGGUCUACUGGUAAUAGCUUCCCUCAGCUUUUGUUUGUCUCAGUAAGUCUUUAUUUCUCCCCCACUUUUGAAGGAUCAUUUUGCUUGACACAAUUCUAGUUAGGUGCUUUUUCUUUCAACACCUUAACUAUUUCACAUUUCACAAGACUCUUCCUGCUUGCAUGGAUUCUGAAAAGAAAACUGAUUUCAUUCUUAUCCUUGUUUCUCUAUAACUAAGGUUUUCUCUCCGUAGCCUCUUUCAAGAUGUUCUCUUUGUCUUUGAUUUUUCUCCAGUUUGAAUAUGAUAUUUCUAGGCAUGCAUUUUUGGUUUUUAUCUUGUUUGGUGAUCUCUCAGCUUCCUGCGUCUGUGCUUUGGUGAUUAUCAUUAAUUUGGGAAAAUCUCAGUCAUCAUUGCUUCACUUUUUUUUCUGUUUCUUUCUAUUCUUUUCUCCUUUGUGUAUUCCUAUUAUGUGUAUGUUACACCUUUUGUAAUUGUCCCAAAGUUCCUGGAUUCCUGUUCUUUCUUCUUCUUUUCAUCUCUUUGCACUUCAGUCUGGAAGGUUCUGUUGACGUCUCCUCAAGCUCGCUGCCUCUUCCCUGUACAUUUCCACUGUAUGGAUGAGCCCCCAAAGGAAUUCUUCCUUUCUGUUUUCUUGUUUAUCUGCCUUUUACUUCUUGCAUUUCUCAGUUGGUUCUUUCUUAGAGUUUCCAUCUCUGCUUGUAUUAUCUGUUCUUGCACGUUAUCCACUAUUUCCAUUAGAGCCCUGGACAUAUUAAUCAUGGUUGCUUUACAUUUCUGGUCUGAUAAUUCCAACAUUUCUGCUACAUCUGUAUCAGGUUCUUGUGCUUGUCCUGUGUCUUCAAGCUGUGUUUGUAAGUCCUUUAGAAUGCCUUUAGGUUUUGUUGAACACUGGACAUGGUGUACUGUGAGGAAGGGAUGGAGGUAAACAGGCCUUUAAGCGUGAGCUUUUGUUUAUCUCACUAGAGCUUAGUCUAUUGGUUUUGGUUUUCAGAGGCUAAAGUAUUCUCCGGUAUCCUUGCUGUUGUCUCCUGUGUCAUCUCUGGGUUCUGUAGCGGCUUCUUAAAUAAGGUUUGCAACAUGCAGUUCUUCCAGUGUAUUCCACUGUUAUCACACAGGAGUCUUCCUGAUGUAGUGGUGUGUUUUGGGUGGAGCAGACAUGUUCUAUAGUCCCUUGAUUUGGUCUCAGUAUUUUAAUGAGCCUGUGUCCCAGGCUCUGACCGUCUUUGGUAUAAUAAGAAAGAUAUAUGAUCUUUGUCCCUGGUUCCUAGCAAAGAUCCUCAAGCCCUUGGACCUUCUGAAUGAUAAGGGUGAUAGGAGCAUCUUCUGUCCUAAUGAGGUGACUGUUUCCAGGCCCCUAGAGAGCUUCAGGAUGGGGGCUGAUCACUAGGAAGACCAAGGUUUGAUCAGGGGCCUAGCACUUUCAGCCCAGCCCCCCACCUCUGGGGAGAGGAGAGGGGCUGGAGACUGAGUUAAUCACCGACAGGCAAUGGUUUAAUCAGUCAUACCUACAUAAGGAAACUCCAUGAAAACCCCUAAACCUCGGGGUUUAGAGGGAUUCUGAGUUGGUGAACACAGCCAGGUGCUGGGAGGCUGUUGUAUCUGGAGGGUGUGAUGGAAGCUCCCCGCUUACCCCUGCCCGCCUUGCCUGUGCAUCCUUUCCAAUUGGCUGUUCCUGAGUUGUAUCUUUUACAAUAAACUGGUAGUAAUAAGUGAAGUGCGUUUCUUAGUUCUGAUAGUUAGUCUAGCCAAUUAGCAAACAUGAGAGCUUGUCCAGGGAACCUCCGUGUUUGGAGUCAGCCAUCCAGGAAUGUGUGUAGCCUGGACCCCACAUUUGUAGCUGGCAUCUGACAUGGGGGCAUCUUGUGGGACUGAGUCCUUAAACUGUGGAGUCUGAUGUUGACUCUGGUUAGUUAGUGUUAGAAUUGAAUUGUAGGCCACCUAGUUGGUGUUAGAGAGUUGGAGAAGUGGUGUUGGAAAAUGCACCACAUAUUUGUUUAAGGAGGAAAAAAUAACCUGUGAACCUCACAAGUGUUUCUGAAUCCCCUCUAACCCUCAACUUAGGUCCGGCAGAAAGGGUGGAGGGGACUCAGCUGGCUGUUACCCUUCCCACACGCCGGUUAGGCGCUGGUGAAAUCCCAGUCUGUUCGGCUCUGGUGAAACAGUCUUUCGGGGACAGGCCUUGUUAAGAAGAACAGAUACUGUGGGCAUAUUUCAAAAUGGCUGUUUUUCUGUCUCUCUUUCCAAUUUUGGAGACAGCGGUUUGCCCUGUGACCUCCAUUCUUUGAGAGAUUUAAGAGGAGUCAUUGAUUUUGAUAGCUUUUUUCUGGCGAGGAUGGGAAUGUCACCUUCUAAGCUCCUUACGUGCUGGAUGAGAACCCAGAGGUCUCUGACUCCAGUUUGUAAUGUUCGCUGAUGUGUUGGGGACAACCCUGUAUUCUUCUUGAGCAGAGAAAACCCUUCUUCCCUCCCAUGUGUCUCCUUUACUUUCACCCAGAACACUUCACUUCUGACACUUCUGGUCACCAAAUGUGUGAGAGUUUUUCCCCAUGACAAGCAAUUCCCCGUGACACCAGCUGGGUGUCCUACAACUUAACUCCAUCCUAACAUAAUCUACCUUGAGAGAGCGUCAGAUCCACAGCUUACGGGCUCAGUCCCACGAGACUGUUCCCACCCCAGUUCACAUGCCAAUCACAUGUACUAGGUCCCCAGCUUCCUCACAACUUCUUUCUCACUUGGCUACAAAUCACAUGUUCCCGUAGCUGUCUCCUUAGAUUUGAUUAAGUUGCUAGAGUGGCUCACAGAACUCAGGGAAACACUUCCUGACAUUUACCAGUUUACUCGUGCAUAUGAUUAAAGAUACAGAUGAACAGGCAGAUGAAGAGAUAUGUAGGGUGAGGUCGGGGCCGGGGUGUUCCUGUUGGGGUGCAGCACCCUCGUGGUACAUGGAUGUGUUCACCAACCUGGAAACUCUCCGAAUCCUCACGUAGGCAUGACCAAUUAUUAACUCCAUUUCCAGCCCCUCUCCUCUCCCUGGAGGAUAAGGGCAGAGUUGAAAAUUCCAAGCUUCUAAUCAUGGCUUGUUCUUUCUGUUGACUGGCCCCCAUCCAGGAGCCCAACCAGAGUCUCCUCAUUAGGACAAAAGAUGCUCCUCCUGCUCUUAUCACUUAGGAAUUUACAAGGGUUUUAGGAGCCCUGUGUCAGGAGCCUGGGGCAGAGACUAAUAUAUUUUUUCUAUUAUCUGACAGCUGACAACUUUAAAGCCUUCCCCUCCUGCUUCCCCUUGUGCCCCACAUUUGUACAUGGUACUAAGGCGGCCUGACUGCUCACUCCUUUGGUCCUGGCAAGAGAUUCAGUCCAUGAAAGCCCCCACUGUGUGUAAACUCAGCCUAGCCCACCCCCUCACCUCCAUAAAAACCCAGGCAGGCUCCUCUCCUGCUCUUUCAGGGCACUUCCCCCCUGCUUGAGAGGCCUGCCCGCCCUCCCCUGAGACUGUCACGGAAGGAACAAGCCCUUUCGUACAUUCCUGGUAGGUGUGUUAGUCUCCACUACUCAACCAAACCUUGGGUUGGGGCCAGGGGUCCACCUGGCCCUGCAGGUUAUAGAAAGGUAAUAUAGUACAUGUAUUCUAAUACACUUUGCCUAUUCUCUCCGUAAAUCCUCCAGAUCUUUUCCUAUCAGUACCCUUUGUUUUUAAAAAGUACACAUGAUGAUGAAUUUAUGUAACCCAUUCUUUCUAAAUAGACACUUGGUUUGUUACCAAUUUUUGCUGCCAAAACCAUGAAUGAAAACUCAGAUUGCGGUGACAGGGCAAAUAAACAUAUACAAAUUAUGUUCUUUUCCAACCUGAAUUACUUCUUAAAAUUUUUAUCAUCAAAUAUAUUCAGAAAAGAAUGUGCAAAAUGUUCUGUGGUAAGCUUUAGUGAUAACAAUAUAAAGAUCCUUGGAAUCGUCAAGAUUCAUAAAUGGCCUGUGGGCAGUGGUGAGUCCCCUGACGUGCCUGGCCCUGACUCACCUCUGACCCGCCCUGCAGGUGACCACUGUCUUGACCUUUCGAAAUUCUUCACAGCUUUACCAUCUAUUAUUUUUCACUAAGCAGUGUUCUUUCAGUUUUACCUUCUUUGACUUUUCCACAAAUGAGUAUUAAUGGAAUUGCAUUGACAAGACUUUCCCGUGGUUUCUUUGCCUCAGUAUUCACACGUGCUGGCGUCGGAGGCCUGGGGCCUGCCCUGGGGCUGUGGGGUUCAAACCUCCCACGAGAGCCAGGCGCGCGGAGCCCACGGGACCCGUUGAAGACCCCAGUGAGCAGGGACCGGGGUGGCGGCGGGAAGAUGAUUGCCCGCUGGUGAUAGUCAAAGAUCAAACGGAGCCAGGCUCAUUGUGACGUAUGGUGAGGUCCCUUUGAAGUGUCUGUGUGCGUGAGGAAGGGUCACAGUUCUGGGCGUGGCCUCGGGGCCUGGUGGUUCAAUGCAGCGUCCUUGCAGAGGACAGGUUCUGGCCCGCGGCCAAGGCAAGGUCGGCUCAAAGACUUGCCCCCUGCCUGCUGUCACUCAGGCGCGAGGGGGCGGGGCCUUGUGAACUGUCCAAUCAGGGGAGUCGCCGGAAACGUACGUGGGGGCGACACUCGGAUAACGGCGUGGACGGUGUGGACUGCGUGCUGGUCCGUGGGCGCUCCGGUCGCGUAGCUGGUCGCCCGUCGCUGCCUUCAGAAGCCUCAGGUGGCUCUGCCGCGUACUCUGUCGCUGUGACCUGCACUGGCCGUGGUAGUCGGAGGGUGACUGGCUGGGGACCCCAGAAACCGGAAAAUGGACUCAGUGGUCUUUGAGGAUGUGGCUGUGAACUUCACCCUGGAGGAGUGGGCUUUACUGGAUCCUUCACAGAAGAAGCUCUACAGAGAUGUGAUGCGGGAAACCUUAAAGAACCUGGCCUCAGUAGGGAAAAAAUGGGAAGACUGUAAUUUGGAAGAUCAGUAUAAAAACCAGGGAAGAACACUGAGGAGUCGUAUGGUAAGGAGACCCUGCGAAAGUAAAGAGGGUAGUCAAUGUGGAGAAAACAUAAGCCAUAUUUCGAAUCUCAAUCUAAACAAGAAAACGUCUACCAAAGUAAAAACAUGGGAGUGCAGUGCUUGUGGGAAAGUCUUCAUGAGUCACUCAUCCCUUAAGAGGCACAUGAGAUGUCACACUGCGCCCAAACCAUACAAGUAUCAGGAAUAUGGAAAGAAGCCGUAUAAAUGUAAGCAGUGUGGGAAAGCCUUCAGUUAUCUCCAGCCUUAUCAAAAACACGAAAGAAAUCACAGUGUGGAGAAAACCUAUAAAUGUAAGGAAUGUGGGAAAUCCUUUAGAUAUCGCCAGUCUGUUCGCAAACAUGAGCGGACUCACACUGGAGAGAAACCCUAUCAGUGUAAACAAUGUGGAAAAGCCUUUAGAUAUCAUCAAACCUUUCAAACACAUGAGAGGACUCACACAGGAGAGAAACCCUAUGAAUGUAAACAGUGCGGUAAAGCCCUCAGUUGUCCCAGUUCCUUUCGAAGUCAUGAAAGGACUCACACUGGAGAAAAACCUUAUGAAUGUAAAAAGUGUAGUAAAGCCUUCAGUUGUCCCAGUUCUCUUCGAAAACAUGAAAGAACUCAUACUGGAGAGAAACCCUAUGACUGCAAGGAAUGUGGGAAAGCCUUCAUUUCUCUUGGAAGCUUUCAGAGACACAUGAUAACACAUACUGGAGUUGGACCAUAUAAAUGUAAGGAAUGUGGGAAAGCGUUCAAUUGUCCAAGUUCAUAUAGAAUACAUGAAAGGUCUCACACUGGAGAAAAACCCUAUGAAUGCAAACAGUGUGGGAGAGCCUUCAGUUGUUCCAGUUCCUUUCGAACACAUGAAAGAACUCACACUGGAGAGAAACCCUAUCAAUGUAAGGAAUGUGGAAAAGCGUUCCACUGGCUCACCACUUUUCAAGUCCAUGUGAGAACUCACACUGGAGAGAAACCCUAUAUAUGUAAGCAAUGUGGUAAAGCCCUCAGUUGUCCCACUUCCUUUCGAAGACAUGAAAGAACUCACAGUGCAGAGAAACCCUAUGAAUGUAAACAAUGUGGGAAAACCUUCAGUUCUGCUCUAGGCUUGCAGAUACAUGAAAGAACUCACACUGGAGAGAAACCCUAUAAAUGUGAGGAAUGUGGGAAAGCAUUCGUUUCUCUCACAAGCUUUCGAAGACACAUGAUGACACACACGGGAGAUGGACCUUAUAAAUGUAAGGAAUGUGGUAAGGCCUUCAAUUGUCCCAGUUCAUUUCGAAUACACGAAAGGACUCACACUGGAGAGAAACCUUAUGAAUGUAAAAUAUGUGGUAAAGCCUUCAGUUGUUCCAGUUAUGUUCAAGUACAUGAAAGAACUCACACUGGAGAGAAACCCUAUGAAUGUAAGGAAUGUGGAAAAGCCUUCAUUUAUCGCACAACCUUUAGAGGACACAUGAGAGUGCACACUGGAGAGAAACCGUAUAAGUGUAAAGACUGUGGGAAAGCCUUCAGUCGACCAAGUUCAUUUAGAAGCCAUGAAAGAAUUCACACUGGAGAGAAGCUUCUUGAAUGUAAGCAUUGUGGGAAAGCUUUCAAUUGGCCCACAUCCUUACAUAAACAUGUCAUGAGAAUGCACACUGGAUAGAUAAAUUAUAACUGAUAAAUACAGGAAAGUUUUCAAUCUUAACAAAUAUAUUCAAAAUCAUGUGAAAACUCCACUGGAGAGAAAUGCUAUAAGAUGUAAGUAAUAUGGAAAAGCCUGAUGCAAAUUAAUUUGCAUAUAAUACUCCAGAGAAUUCACAACAUAAAAGAAAUGUUUUUAAAGUUAAAAAUAUAUUUAUCAGUGGCUCAUUCUGAAACUCAGUCCCUGGACUGUGGAUUCUACUUGUUACUUUUGCAGAUGAACAUUGAGUUGAGACAAUUCUGUAAGUAUUCUUUAAGCAAUAGUAUAUAAGCUUAGUAGAUAGUGUUUUUCCUUAAAUCAGCUCAUAAAAUUUUUGUCUUUCUGUUCUGAAGUCUGUUGGAUCCAUGGGUGAACUGAAAUACAAUUGUAAUAUGCCAAUAGAGUUAAUGUUUAUAUAAUUUUUAAAUUGUUCUGCAAGUUAAGGGCCACAGAAUCAAAUGACAGUUUGGUAUUUGUUGGGAUUUUCCUAUUGGCCUCAUCUUGCAGAUACUGGAUACUCCUUACCCAUUAUAAAUAUUCUUCCUUUCUUAUGGGAAAAACUUUUUGUUGGAAGAGCUUUCUUCCAUUUUCCUUGAUUGAUAAAUAGUUGGCAUAAAUUUCUAAGUGUGCAAAGUUUUCAUAGAGCAUAAUCUCACUUGAAUUACUAUUUACAUCAUUUUCCCUCCACUCUUCGUCAUUUUUCUGACUGUGAUUUGGAUAAUAGACUUUACAUUAAGAAAAGAGAUCUUUAUUGACAUCAACUUCAAACUUAGGAAGCAACCCUAAAAUGUUUAUAAGGCUAAUUACUUUAGAUUUAAAUUCAUAGCUACAGUAUCUUUGCACCAAAGCAACACUUUUUUACCCAUCAGUGCAUUAAAAUCCUGCUACAUUACUCUGAUGUCACCAUUUAGAGUAUCUUUUUCCCAUAAUACAAUUAGAGUGAUUAUGUGAUAGCCCUAAAGUCAACUGUGCUAUUAUUGUCCCUCCAAUAACAUUCAGCUCUUGCUCUGUGACUGUCCCGGACACCAGAAAUACAACAGCGAACAUGAGCGAUGUGGUCACUGCUCUCAGUGCUUCAAGUGUGUGAGAUGAAAUAGAAUUGUCACUUUUCUAGUUGCCUUCCUAAGUGUUUACAUUUAAACUGUCAUUCAUUUUUGUAUUGACAUAUGUGAUAGACCAAUAAGCCUUUAUAUUUGCCAAGAAAGAAAAUAAACAUGUAAUGAGACAUUAAAAUGUAGAAUUGGAGAGGUCUCUCCUGGAAUGUUGUGUCAACAUGGUGAUGUGACCCACAUUUUCUAGAGCCUGUUCUUUAUCUGGCUCACUGUUAGAAUUCACUGGUAGCUUCACUUGUGUGACUUUUGAAAGGCAGUGAAGGCCUUAGUCUUUGAACCACAGUGCAGAGACAGAUGCACAGGAGUUUCACACACCUUCUUUCAGCCCAUUUUCCAGAUUCUUUGCCCUGCCAAUCAAGGGUGUCCUCAUACCACCACCAACUAUGUGACUUGUUUUCUCAGAGCUGUAGGUUUCUACAGACAGCUGCACAAGAUCCACAGCAAGAUCUGACACAGGUUGGAUUUUCCUGCAAGCCCUCAUGUGUCCACCAGGCAACAAAUGUAGACUGUGGUGGUUGAGAAUGUUCUCUGGAACUGUAUGCCCCUUUCUCUAGACUGUAUUUGUAUAAGGUCUGAUUUGUAUAGUAAACAUCUCGUUCUGUUAAUCCUGUAGUGACUGUGUAUUCUUGGCUCCGCCCAGACAGCUGCAGUGGUGCCGUCAGAGGAGCCACAUGGGCGUCUGUUCUCCGCUGCCCUGUGCAGCGACUGCUCUGACCCAGUCCCUCCAUGUGAGAAUUAGCACCUUUCUCCUAUCGGGCAGAUUGUGGGUGUUUCCGAUUACUCAGAGCCAAACAUGAUUCCUCAGCACAUUUUUAGUUGUUUGAUUGUAUGUGAUGUAAAAAACAAUGUUCGAUUUUUUGUCAAACGAAUGCUUCUGUAGGUGUAUACUUAGAAAUGUUUUAUUGAUUGUUCUGGACAACUUGUAUACUAACAAAUACUAUCUUUCCCACUUCCCAAUAGGGUAAAUUAAAACAUCCCUUGCAAUUGUAGAUAUUUAGGUCAACUUUGUGAUUUUUGUCGUUAAUCAUUAUACAUUUUGAAUCAGUAUUACCAUGUGGUAUUUUUUCCUCAGGCAAGUUUUAUUUUUUAUUCUAUGGUUUAAUUUUUAUUGAAACUAAUUUCCAUUUGUUCUUAAUUAAAAACUUAAAUCAUUGUUUUGUUAGUGCCUUCUUGCCAAAAACCAGGAUCACACUCAUAUUCAAAGAGAGGGGUGUAAUGAAUCAUUGUAAUAAAGAUGAUCACAAACUAUAAAUGAUAAUGGGCUGGAUCAGUGAGAGGGUACCCAGCAGGUCUUCCUACAUAAUUUAUUUUAGGCUUAUGUUAGGUGCUGAGGCUGGGAUCCAAGGAAGCAGAAUGUCUCUAUGUAUUGUAUACUGUGAAGAGGUGAACUUAAUUCUAUCUUUGGUAAUGUAAUAGUUCUUAUCUAAACACCGAAAUAUUUUCUGUUGUAUAUGGGGACACUGUUUUCUGUAAAGUACCUCAGUUAAAAUAUAUAAAGUCACUUGCUCCUUAGCAAA